CGGCCAACAAAAAAAAUGCAACAAGUGACAUUGAACAAUUGUGACAAGGCCAUGCCGGUGAUUGGCAUGGGAACUGCUUCUUCAUCUCGGCCGGGGCCCGCGCCGGACUCAUCGGAGACGACGGUGAAAUCCGCUAUAUUGGAGGCCAUUAAAGCCGGCUACCGCCACUUCGACACGGCCUUUAUUUAUCCAUCGGAAAAGCCUCUAGGAGAAGCCAUUGUUGAGGCUCUUCAUCUUGGCCUUAUCAAGUCUAGGGAUGAAAUUUUUAUUACUACUAAGUUAUGGUGCACUUUUGCUCAACGUGACCAAGUUGUCCAUGCUUGUAAACUCAGUCUUCAAAAAUUGCAAUUGGAAUAUGUGGAUAUGUAUUUAAUUCACCAACCUUUGAGAAUAAGUGAAAAGAUACAACAACUCCCAGUUCCAAAAGAAAUAAUUCACCCAUUGGAUAUCAAGGGUGUGUGGGAAGGCAUGGAAGAAUGCAAAAGUCUUGGAUUCACAAAGGGAAUUGGGGUUAGUAAUUUCUCUUGCAAAAAACUUGAGGAAUUACUUUCCGUUGCUAAAAUUCCUCCUGCUGUCAAUCAAGUGGAGAUGAACCCAAUUUGGCAACAAAAGGAACUGAGGGAAUUUUGCAAGGCAAAGGGAAUUCACAUCACUGCUUAUUCUCCCUUGGGUGCAAAUAAUACAUUUUGGGGUGAUAACAGAGUUGUUGAAUGUGAUGUUCUAACUCAAAUAGCCAAAUCCAAAGGGAAAACAACUGCUCAGGUAGCAUUAAGGUGGGUUUAUGAGCAAGAGGUGAGUCUUGUUACAAAGAGUUUCAACAAGGAGAGAAUGAAAGAGAACCUUCAAAUAUUUGAUUGGUCACUUUCUGAACAAGACUUGCAAAAAAUAAGUGAACUUCCACAGCACAGAGGUUUUAGCAUGGCCUCUCUUUAUGGACCUCAUGAUCUUUUGCUGCAAUUAGAUGCAGAAAUCUAAUUGCUUAUUGCUACAUUUACAUUUCAAGAUUCAUAAAGUUACAAUGAACACAUUACUUGAGCUUAAUGAAAUGUUGUUUUCAAUUAUUUUUUAAAGUUAAGUGAUCAGUUGCUGCUCAUGAGUUUUGAUAAUUAAGUUUGAUUUAUUCUCCAUUUGAACCCCUAGACUCGAGUAUACAUAACUUGCACUAAAUAAAUUUUGGUUAGCAAUAAAAUGAAAAUCAACAAUCAACAAAUUUUCAUAAACCUUCCUUAGGUUUUGCCAAAUCAAUAUAUGACAAGUAAAAAUGAACGGAGGGAGUACUUGUCAUGUAUUGACUUGACACGCCUAUUAAGGAACCAAAAAUUAGAAUGACAAUUUUACUAUAUCACCUUUUGAAGAUAAUAAAUGUGAUGUUUUGGGAAAUGGAUUGAUAAGUGAUUAUAGUAAAUAGUAAGGGUUA